AUGAAAUAGAGGGAGCAAUAAAUAGGGGUUCAGGGCUAAUUCUCUUAAAAUGACCAGCCGGGUCGUUACAAUGAGUUGGCUCUAGAAGAAGUACUAGGAUAAACAGUUGAACACCUCAUAGCUUUAGACUGUUUGAGGAAUAUUGAUUCCUGUAAUUUUGCCAAAUAAUAAGCUCAGGGAAGUGAAAAGGGUCUGUGGAUUCGAACUGCAUCUCCUAACUCUGGCUUCAGCCCAUUCAAAAAGAUGUUUAUAACAUGGUUGGGAUCCAAGUUAAGUCGAGUCAUGGCUCUGUCAAACACCUCCCGGAACUCAACCACACCUCCAGUUUGCCUAAAUUAACCAGUUCAGUCAUGGGAUCAUCAUAUUCUGCCCCAAAUUGAUCAGUCAGUGCGAAAAGGUACUCAUUUCAUGUAGGAUAUGGGAGAUGGGCCCUGCUCCUCAUGUAUGCUUGCUGCCAUUGAAGAGCAAUGUCGUUCAAAUGUAUAGCAGCAAUAAUGACUUUUUGUCUAGAAGGGACCUCAUCUAAUGAGAAAAAUUGUUCAUAUCUAUACCACUAUUCCUGAAAUCCCUUUCCAUUGAACCUGGAUAACUCUAUCUUUGACAACCUGGUGAGUGUUUGGUGAUUUGGGAGUAGUGGAAGGGUGUUGUACUGGUUUGGGUUAUGGUAAUGUAGGGUUGGAUUUGGGUAAUUUUAGUCUGGGUUAUAUGGGAAAGAAGAGAAGUUAUAGUGAGCUGAGUUUGGUGAGUAUGAGGCAUAGAGAUUCUAAAAAGGAUACGUAUAUGGAGGUAAUUGAUGGGUAAAGUUAGGACUAUACAUCAGAGCUGAUACAGGGUUACCAACCAUCUGAGAAUUAGGAAUUUGAGCAAAACUGGGUUUGGGGGUAUAAAGAUUUGGUAAGCGAGGGGAUUGAAGUGGUAAUGUAACGAAAUUAGCUGGGAGUUGGGAACUGGGAAAUUGAGAAUUUGGAAUUGGUAAUGAAACUGGGGUUAAAUACGAUUUCAAAAUUGGGAUAGCCUGGUGACAUUUGGUUUGAACAGAGCUACUAAGAGCUACAAAUUGACGAGGAGAGGAAGCAUUUUGGAUACCUGAUAGAUCCCCUGGUCCAAUAGUUGGAGAAUACAGUUCCUUCGACGAUGAUGCCAGUAAGGCUUGCUGCUUAUCCUUCUCUAUGCUUCGAACAAUCCCAAUCGUGUCCUUCAACUCGCGAAAGGCGCUUUCAUGCACCGAUUCGAGCUGGUCUUGUCGCACAACCAUUCGAUCGAGCGGCGUCAAAACUUCAUCCAUCUCACCAUCCAUGGCAGCACACCCACAGAGCAGGUUUUUGUCCAGGAAUGUGCAAAGAAGGAAAAAGAGGCAUGUUGAUUUGCUGAAUAUUCUAUGGAAGACCAUGAAACUGUGCCAAUGGAAGAAAUAUCAUUCUAAAUUCUGUGUGUUGAAGUUCGAGGAAGAAUGUAACCUGGUUAACCAUUUUCAGUUUUAUACACAUUGAAAUGAUCUACCAAUGAAAGAAAUAUCAUUCUAAAUUCUGUC